UGGCCAUUACGUUAUGCUUACUCCAUACACACUGGUAGCCGGAGAGAGGGAAGACGUAAUGGUUUGAUUCCGUGUGCACUUGCAAUGGUCGUCGUUCUGACAUUACUCGGCAAAUUCCUCAGACGAGAGGUGCAAUGAAGGCAGGAGCAUCGUCCAUGUGGGCGUCAUGCUGCGGGCUGUUGAACGAGGUGAUGGGCACGGGCACGGUGCGGGCCCAGCAGCCGGGGUUUGGAGCAGGCGCGGGGCCCUUUCGCUUCGCCCCCAGUGCUGGGUACUCCACCUACCCCCCCACCAGCUCAGGGAGCGCCGGGCAGCUGUGCAAGGCCUGCGGACUGGCCUUCUCGGUCUUCAGACGCAAGCACAUCUGCUGUGACUGUAAGAAGAGCUUCUGCGCUCUGUGCUCGGUGCUGCAGGAGAACCUGCGCUGCUGCACGACCUGCCACCUCCUGCGCAGCACGGCCUUCCAGCGGCCUCGGCUCAUGCAGCUCAGGGUGAAGGACCUGCGCCAGUAUCUGCUGCUGCGCAACAUACCGACCGACACAUGCAGGGAGAAGGAGGACCUGGUGGACCUGGUGCUCUGUCACCAGGGUGCGAGACAGGGCGCGAGGCAGACCCCGAGACCGGUGAUGGAGGAGGAUGAGGAGGAUGAAGAGGAGGAGGAGGAGGAGGAGGAGGAUACACAUGAGGAGGAGGAGGAGGAAGAUGAAGAGGAGGAAGAUGAAGGGGGAGAUGACACAGACAGCCUGCACUCGCUCCCGCACUCACGUGCCGCCUCGCCCCCUUCCGCAACGCGCUCCACCUCUGAACAGUCGGUCCUGUCCGCCUCUCAGGGAGACGUGCUCAGCCCAAGUGACAGCUCAGGGACCACCAGCCAGGAGCAUGAUGAUACUCCAACAGCAUCCCUCUUGAACCUGGAGCCCACGGAAAGUCUCAUAGAGGUCAGUCCGGCGACACAAAGGAGGAUCAGAGCCUCGCUGUCGGAUCUCGACAACGAAGAGGCGAUAGAAAACCUGUCCGUCCGCCAGCUGAAAGAGAUUCUCGCCAGGAACUUUGUCAAUUACUCUGGCUGCUGCGAGAAGUGGGAGCUGCUGGAGCGAGUGCAUCGACUCUACAGAGAAAACGAGCAGAACAGGAAGUCAAUGGAAAAUGUCAACAUAACUGCAGUGGUUGCAUAUCCUCCACCUCUCUGCAACAGUGGAGUUGGAGAUGGCGUCAAAGCUCAGCUGGCGGCUGAUGAAAACCUGUGUCGCAUCUGCAUGGAUGCCAUCAUUGACUGUGUGUUACUGGAAUGUGGUCACAUGGUAACUUGCACCAAAUGCGGAAAGAGGAUGAGCGAGUGCCCCAUCUGCAGGCAGUAUGUUGUGCGGGCCGUGCAUGUCUUCAAGUCUUAAAACUCAGUGUGAGCGUGGGUGAGUGGGUGAAUGUCGGCGCGGCUCUCAGGCGUGGCCCGAGCCCUGAAUUUAUCACUGAGAAUGAACUGCUGUGCAUGACGUCUCACAGGGCCUAAUGCUGCAGCAGGCGUGAGCAACUUCUCGGUCUUGAAAACCAGACUGUUGUAUCUGGCCUACCACGGUUUGCCCCCCUGCCCUCCUUACUAACUUAUGUUCCAGUCCCCCUUUCUCCACCCUGGUGGACCGGCAUCGGCUACAUCGGGACUUUCAUUUUCUCUGUCUUUGGUCGUAAAACACACAGCAGAAGCCCCUGCCAUCACGUUGUACUCGCCAGUGUCUGUUUAGAUUCGACCCACAAGAGAGGAGUGGGCAGGAGGUGGUCCUGCGGGUACUUGAAGUGGACCGCCUUGUUAUUUGUGGGGAAGAGAAGCAGUUAAAAUAUAAGAUCCCAGGGUUUGAGUCAGUAUGGUUUACACAGUCAUGCCACAUGGCAUUGUGUCAUUCUCCUUCAGUGUUGUUUUCUUUGUUUCUUUGUUUCUUUUUAGGAUGUGCAAUAUCAGA